CGCAGACUGGGGCAUCACCCAAGUGCUGAACCUGAAGAGAAUAAGAACAGGAUGCCGUCAACAAGGACAAGACCUAUUGAGAGAUUUGCCAAGGCCACCGCCAAAUGCUCUGCAGAGGCGGCCGCAUAUGGCAAAUGCGUUGUUGCUGACUACAACGCGGUGCACAAAGAUAUGUGUGCCAAAGAAUUUAUGAGACUCAAAGACUGCUUUUUGGCGGCCUCAAAGAAGGUUUAAUUACACUUAUAAUGUGAGGACCUAAGAAAUGGACGCUGAAAAUGACCGCCACCAAGGCCAUGAACAGCUAGCUGUAUUCCGACCUGUAACCCGCAGCUUCUGACCACUGCCUAAGCAUCAUCUAUCUACUCUCAAAUGCUGAAAUAUGUGAUUCUCAGAUUCUGAAGUCUUUCUGGAUAAAUCAUCCAUUCUUGGAGAUUCUUUGAAAAUUCUUCUUGAUUGUGUCUACUAGUCGUGAACUACGAAUAUCUUGCCAGUUCACGUGCAGCACGAUGAUAUGCCAAUCAAUUCGCUGCUCUCAACUGUUCGGUGGUAGAGCAGAGGACAAAGAACAUAUUAAAUCAUUCAAAUAAUGUAUUGAAAAGACAAGAACUAU